GUGGAGCUGAGACAGGCUCGGCAGCGGCACAGAAUGAGGGAAGACGAGACAGAGAGAGUGGGAGAGAGAGAGAGGCAGAGAGAGAGAGGGAGAGGGAGAGUGACAGCAGCGCCCGAUGCGUUUCGCCGGCUUCCAUCACUAACCUCCCGGAGGUCAUCAAGCCAAAUUUAUGAGUGGCCGCUCGAGUCACGUGACUCUAUUUAAGGCUCCCUUAUUUGGGAAGAGCGCAUAGGAUAAAGAAAGAGAUAUCUCCACCUAUAAAUUGUGCACUUUGGAGAACAAAAAACCCCUCAACUUCAAAGAGUCACAAAUCACCCUUAAUCAAAAAGGGUGCAGAAAAUUUUUUUUUUGGGCCCUCCCCGCCAUGAGCUCCUACGUAGCCAAUUCAUUCUAUAAGCAGAGCCCCAAUAUCCCUGCCUAUAACAUGCAAACUUGUGGGAACUAUGGAUCGGCCGCAGAGGUGCAGGCAUCCAGGUACUGCUACGGUGGAUUGGACUUAAGCAUCACUUUCCCACCGCCUGCGCCUUCCAACUCUCUCCACGGGGUAGACAUGGCAGCCAGCCCCCGGGCUCACCCCGACCGCCCCGCCUGCAGCGCCGCGGCCGCUCCGGGACACGCUCUGGGCAGAGACGAAGCGGCUCCUCUGAACCCCGGGAUGUACAGUCAGAAGGCGGCUCGCCCAGCGCCGGAGGAGCGAGCUAGGAGCACUGGGGAGAUCAAAGAGGAGCAGGCGCAGACAGGGCAGCCCGCCGCCCGGAGCCAGCCACCGGCCCCGCCACAGAUUUACCCGUGGAUGACCAAACUGCACAUGAGCCACGAGACGGACGGCAAGCGGUCCCGAACCAGUUACACGCGCUACCAGACUCUGGAACUGGAAAAAGAAUUCCACUUUAACCGCUACCUCACUCGCCGCAGGCGCAUCGAGAUCGCCAACAACUUGUGUCUCAACGAGAGACAGAUCAAGAUCUGGUUCCAGAACCGCAGGAUGAAGUGGAAGAAAGAUUCCAAAAUGAAAAGCAAAGAGGCUCUCUAGAGGCGGGGGGGCCCCGCACACAGCGCCCCGAGCCCGCUUUCCUCCCCGCGCCUUUCCUCCUCGGGUUUCCUCUGUCUGUGUCUGGGGCACGGCCGGGCGGCCGGGCACCGGCUCGGCCCCGCAGACAAAAGCGCUUCCCCCGGCUUCCCGCACCCUCGCCCCUCGCCCAGCCCAGGGCCCGGCGGGGCGG